CACACUCCGACGAAAUAUAUCCUAACGCCCACCACCGUUCAAGCAACAUAUGUCAGAACGAAACUUACAGAACAUUUCAUACUGAAUCAAACAAAUUUGUUGGUCAACAGCGGACACACCAAAUAUACACUGAUCGAAUUAAAAGUACGAUGAAGAUGGAACAGUAUGUAGCAUUAAUUGAUCAAGCUUAUCUUCGAACACAAGCGGUCAGAAACAAAUAA